AUGGCUCUUAAUCACUCAUUUGUUGCACUACCAACAUUUUCUCCUUUAUUUGCCAGUUCUUUGUCAUCAUUAACAUCCGCAUCAACAUUCUUCGAUAUUUCAUUACCAUAUUAUCAAACAGAAACUGACAUUGUAGAUGAAAAUCAACGAUCUAAAUCAACGAUAAGAAGACGAACAAGAUAUAUAGCGAUUGUUAUUGUAUUAAUCAUUCUCAUCUUAUUGCGUGCACAUAUUACCUGUUUAAUGGCAAUGGUCAAUUGCUAUAUAACUUGGCCAUUUUCACGCCCCUGUCAUUUAAGAGUCGAUGUACGGUCUCUUCCAUCUGAAAAAACUAUAUAUAAAUAUGUUUCACGUAAUAUGCAUCAUAUUUUACUCGGUUCGUUAAGUGAAGAUCCACCAAAACCCUGGCUUGUAGCUAGAAAUUCAUGUGUUACAAUGCAUUUUCAUUUUGAACAUUAUUAUUAUUGGAACGAUACCUCUGGACGAGAAUUACUUGUUGAAAAUUAUCCAUCAUUUGUCAAUACAUACUUUGUAUUACAUAAAUUUGGUGGUGUAUUUCUUGGUAUGGAUUUAUAUUGUUUACAUCCGUUCGAUGGAAUUAUACAGCAUAUAGAAAGUAAAAUAUCAACAACAGCACAUAUUCUAUUAGCCUCAAAAGCAUUUCCUAUAGGUGUAUCAAAUGGAUUUAUUAUAGCUACAAAACAUCAUCCACUACUCGAUCGUAUGAUUCGAGAUAUUAAAUAUUUUGAUGGGUGUUUUAUUAUACCAUUUUUGACCGUUAUGUUUUCCACUGGGCCAAUGUAUAUUUCAUCACAAAUGCAACUGGCUCGUUCAACAUGGGAUUCUAUUGUAGUACUAGAUGACAAAGAAAAUAUGUACACCAACUAA